AUGGAGGCUGAUGGUAUAGUAGAAGGAUUUUUGAAAAGUGUGGAAAUGCAUGGACUAAAAUAUAAUCGGCUUAUUGCUCAAAAAAUAAAAGGAAUUCAAAAAGAUUUGGCUAAUGCUCCAUUCCAUCGAUUAGGACAACAUACAAAUUGCGAUUCCUAUUUUUGUAAUGGUUCUAAUCUACAGAAUACACUAAACUUAGUUCCCGAAGCAGAAAAUAAUGAAAUCAUGAGUGAAAUCCAAAAUAUAAUGUCCAGAUUAAUUACAAACGCCGAAAGUUUACUCGAAAAUUAAAACAAUAAUAUUUGCAAUCAAUU